AUGGAGGCCGGGGGAGGAAGUGGGGACCACUGGGUCCCUCGCGGGCCUGGUCCAGGCCCAUCCCUGUCAGCCCUCCUUAGCCAGCUCCCUAGCUCGGCCACAGUGAGAUACCGGGGGCCCGGGAUACCUCCCUGGGGAGCCCCAGAGCCACAUCUGGAGCAGAGCAGGCAGGACGACCAGCCACGGGGAAAAGCUGCCCCAGCAACAUCCCCAGAAGAGCCUCCAGAAUCCCAGGCCCUCCGGGAGCUGCCCUGGCCCAUGGAGGCCAAACGGCAUCUGUGGAAGCGUCAAGAGGGCAGGCCGACCAAGCGGGUGACGGGCAUAAGAGGAUCCAAGGGGGCCCUGCUCCUGGGCCGAGCUUGGGCUCCUUUGGCUGCAAUCCCAAAGAUGCUAGAACCCUGGAGGUCCACCCUGAUGAAGAUUGGGGGCCAGUACGGGGCAGGCACCGAGUCCUACUUCAGACUACUUCGGUUCCUGCUGGGCUUGAACAUUCUGGGGGCCUUGUUCCAAGGAGCUCUGACCCUGCUGCCUCUCUUCCUGUUGGGUCCCCUCCCCCAGCCCCCCUCUCCUGGGGUCUCUCAGCCUUGUGGCUCCUAUGACCCUCUGCCUGGGGGCCUCGUGGACUACCCCACCCUCCUAACCAACCUACUCUCUGGAGAGGGUCACCUGGAGUGGUCCCCCCUCUUCUAUGGCUUCUACCCAGCACAGCUGAGAGGUGGCACCUUCCAGCUGCCCAUCGCCUACCUGUUGUCCACUUUUGUGUCGGGCCUCCUGUGCCUUCUUCUGAUCCUCCGCAGGUCCGUAUCCGGCCUCAAGCAGACCCUGCUCAGCGAAUCGGGGGCUCUCACCAGCUACAGCCACCGGAUCUUCUCCGCUUGGGACUUCAGGCUCCAGGGCGCCGGCCCUGCGGAGCUCCGCAGAGGGGCGCUCCGCUAUGAGCUGCAGGUGGAGCUGGAGGAGGCCGCAGCGAAGAAGAGCGCUGAGGCCCGGAGCCGGGGACAAUGGGCUGCGCUGUGGGGGGCUCGGGCCCUGCUUAACCUGCUCAUGCUAGCCUUGCUCGGGGCCGCCUUCUACGGGAUCUACUGGGCCACGGACCCCGACGGGAGGCUGCAGAACGACCCUGUGGUCCAGGAAGUCCCCAUCCUGAAGCUUCUGGUCGCCUAUCUGCCGUCCAUCUUCAUGUCCGGUGCUAACCUGAUCCUGCCGCCAGUCUUGGGCCUUCUCACCAGCCUCGAGGGCUACACUCGGAGCCGCCAGAUCCAGCUCAUCCUCCUCAGGACCGUGUUUCUCCGACUGGCCUCGCUAGUGGUCCUGCUCGGGGCCCUCUGGAAGCAGAUCACCUGUGGGGGCAACCCCGAGGCUGAGGCCUGCGCCACCUGCGGCUACGCCCACAGGGAACUACCGUGUUGGGAGACUCGGCUAGGGCAGGAGAUGUACAAGCUCCUGCUGUUUGACCUACUGACCUGCCUGGCCGUGCCUCUGCUGGUUCAGUUCCCACGCAAACUCCUGGGCAGCAUGUGCAGGGGUCCUCUGGGCCGUCUGUUGGGAACCCUGGAGUUCCAAGUCCCAGACGAAGUAUUGGGGCUAGUGUACGGGCAGACGCUUGUCUGGGUUGGUGGCUUCUACUGCCCCCUCCUGGCGCUACUCAACACAGCCAAAUUCCUACUCCUCUUCUACCUAAAGAGGUUUACUCUCUUCACCUUCUUCUCACCUGCUUCUCGCACCUUCCGGGCCUCCUCAGCGAACUUCUUCUUCCCACUGGUGCUGCUCCUGGGCUUGGCCCUGUCCGCUGUCCCCGUGCUCUAUGGCAUUUUCGUGAUCCCACCGUCCAAGCUGUGUGGUCCCUUCCGGGGCCAAGUAAACAUUUGGGCUUCGAUACCUAAUGCCAUCCAGGGCCUGUCUCAGGGUGUCCAAGAUUUCCUUUUCUCCCUGGGGACCCUCAGCUUCGCUGUCCCUCUGAUGCUGGCAUCCAGCAUCCUGAUGGUUUACACCUUGACUCUGGCCAGUUCCUACGGCCGCCUGGUCUCCACGCUGAAGGGACAGAUCAAGAUGGAGAGCGAGAGUAAAGUGCUGUUGGCCCAGAGGAUUGUGGAACUCAGCGGAAAGAACCAGGAGCUCCUCUGACCCACAGCUGAGGAGCCACUGCAGCGUGUUCGGGGAUACUGGCCAACUCUCACUCGUCAGGAAUAUGAAACAUGAAGACUACAAGUCCCAUGAGGCCUUGGGACAGAGUGCCGCGGAGGCCUCUGGGAGACAGGAGCACAGAUGGGUGGGGUGUAAGAGCCGUCCAAUCUGUAAGCCACAGGUUCCCGUUAGGGACCCAGGCAUCCGAGUCCCCAGUCUUAACUCUUUCAAUAAAUGUAGUCUCGGCCUC